UCUCUCUCUCUCUCUCUCUCUCUCUCUCUCUCCAUUAACGCAAACCAGGUGGAGAAGCUCCUCCGCUGCGCGCGACACAGCAAGCAGACGAAAACAUCUGAUCCCGCUUUUCUACUCAUGGAAUAAGUUUUACUGUCUUACUGAGAGAUUUCAUGUGCGCUUUUAAUCCCAGCCUUUACUUUUCCACCCGGUUCCUUCUGGCCAGAGCUCAGGAGCGCAGUUUUGGAGCAGACUGAGAGAGAGAGAGAGAGAGAGAGAGAGAGGCGGUGCUGGAGUUCUGCUACUCAGCAGCUUCUGGAGGCAGAAGAAGAGAGAAAGAGCACUUUUUUUAUUCUACCCCUUUUACCCCCACAAGCUUCCUUGCAUCUUCUGUAGUGUGUCCUACACUGCCUGAGGAUGUGGCCAGGUUUUUGAACGUGCAUCGCCUUGGAGACAUUAUUUUUUCUCUUUUCUUCCCUUCUCCAAAAGUUUGAAUGCAGCCCUGAAACUUUGAUGGUCUCCUAAAUUGUGUGUGCGUUUAAUCCUGAGCGCAUCAGCGACCAGAAGGAUGCAAGAGCAACUCUAAUAUCUCACCUCAUCUCAUCCCAUCCCAUCCAUGGUACCCUAUGUGUCUGGGCAUCGGGAUGCUGCUGCGCCGGAUCCUGGGGCCCGGGACGCUGAGGCGCACAUGGCGAGCGGCCCCCCUUGUGCUCUUGGGGCUUGCUGUAUUUCUUAUCUUCCACACCUCAGUGGUGAACCGGACAGGCUUCAGACCUGGACAAGAGGACCAAAAGAACAAAUCUGUGAUGAGGGACCGCACAGUGCUUCUCGAGCACCCAGAAGAGCUUGUCGCUUUACUGGAAGCGUGGCAUGAUCAUAAUGAAGUACACUGGUCUAAGAGGAGCUGUGCAGGGAAGGCCAUCGUGUUGACGGGGCAGCACGUCCCCUCAGAUACAGAGGUCCAGCUUUAUCACAGAGUCCUACAGGAGCAGGGUUACCAUGUCAACCAGGGACGCUAUGCUGAGACCAGUGCCACCCUAACACACAACAGCGGAGAUGGUCAGGAAUGGUCUCUCUUGAUAUGUCUCAAAGGAACAGAAAAGAGUUGCCUUCGAAAAAUCAACUUUGCCCAUUCUCAGCCGUACCAGAGGGUCAACAUUAUACCAGCGUUUCUUGGGGCUUUCAUGGACAUGGGUGGAGUCUGUCGAUUUCUAAUGGACAGCCGCUUGUCAGGCAUGCCAUUACCCAUAAUUCCAUCUGCCUGCACCUCCUCCAGACCAGAAAUGGGAGCAAGUCCUCAUCACACUGACCAUAUCUGGAGCCAAGCUGCCCAGCUAGGCUCCCCAGCUAAUCAGGGUCUGGUAGCCUUUGUGAAUGUAUAUGUCUUGGUCACAUCAGCGACGCCCCUCACUGCAUUCCUGCAUCGUACAGGCUUGGUCAGGACUCAUCUGGACAAACAUGGUUAUAUUAGAAAGCUGCAGUCGUUCUUUACAGAGAGGCUGGAUCCUACAGAAGCUGUCCAGGUUUCUGAACUCAUGAAGCAGGUCAUCAGUGAGGUUCUAAUUGCUGCUGUUUUAACCACCACCGACUCCAGCUCUCCACCAAGGUGUUCACUGUGUUUUCAAUUGAUGACCUUCACAUUGCAUUACAAUGCUUCUGUGCAUCCUGUAGUGGUUAAGGUGCAGACUGACUUACACUUUGACAGUAUGAAAGAUCCAGACUUUGAGGGGCAGAUCACCAAAGAGUACAUAUUAGAAGAUAUACUGAAGCUGCUCUUCCCAGCAUGUGGCAGUGAGGACAGAGCUCCUCAAAGUACUCAGGAUACAGCGCAAACCAAGUACAGUGGCUGUGAGAGGGCAAACAGUUUGUGCAUAACGCCGGAUAAAAUGCAGUUCCUGCUUCAGUUUCAGCAGCAGCUCAAGAGAUCUGGCAGCUUUCAUGUGCUCUACCCCAGAUCAUCUCAUUUCUCCGAUCUUCAGUGUGAUGUCUUUCAAAGAUUCUCUACUGCAGAGGAUUCUGGGAGUGCACCAGGUCUCUCAGCUCUACUCCAACAGCUCAGCUUGUCCUACACACUGAGCAGUGAUGAUCCAGACAGGCCUGAGAAGUGGCAUUCACAGCCACUGGAUUCAGGGAGGUGUUUGGAGCCCCAUCUCCGUCAGCUAUAUACCGAUCCUCCUCUGGUUCUAACUCCGCUCUUUAACCCCUGGGUGAAGGAGUACCGAGCCGAGGUACCGUUUGACGUGGUCACUAUACGGAUCAGACCGGAGCCUGUGAGCUCAAUGUGCCACGUUCACCUGGACGAACAUCGUGGCCCCAGAAUGGCAAACUACCCACUUGGCCUGGGCAACAGCCGCAUCAACAUCCUUAUGAUGGACGAGUCUGAUGGGGAGGAGCCUGUCGUCAUGACAAUAUACACUCUGAACAUAUUUCGGGAGAGCCGUCCCAGCCUGCCGAUGUUUGACGAGUAUGUGAUGUGCGGUUUCAUACAGGACUGUGGCCUAGUGGUCAGACCUGAUCAAUCUUGUGGCCUGGAGCCUGUUUCUGAGCUCAAAUCAUCUCAGCCUUGCUCUUCAGGCGAUGAACCUGGGCACUGGAUGGUACCAUGCCUAAGCUGUUCAGACAACAGGACAUGUGAUUGGCGCGAGGUUGCCUGGCAACCGGACAGCUGUUACCACCCUGUAUUGGAGCAGCGACAGCUGCAGCAAUGCAUGAUGGAUAAGAAGGUCCUGUUCAUCGGUGAUUCUACUAACCGGGGGAUGAUGUACUACCUGAUGGAGCGAGUAAAUACUACACUGGAGGAUUGGGAUAAAGCUCACGACACCAUCAUCUACCACAAUCUGAACCAGGGCAGAACACUCAUCAGCUACUCGUAUUACCCACAGUUCUGGCUACACAAGAACCAGAGACCCACCUUCCAGCAAGCACUGGAACAGCUCAUAGAAAGGUCACGACCUCUGGUAAACUCCCCUCAGACAGUGCUGGUUGCUGGAGGGGUCCAGUGGCUCAGUCUGGAGCAUCUGGGGACCAUGCAGCAGGUUCUUGAGAGAGAGAAGCUGCAGAACAUCAUGGUGGUGGUGAAAUCUUUAGGAAUGGGCUUUCAUCUGCCAGUGGACGGCAUUCACUCGCUCUCUCUGAAAGGAGUGCAGGACCUCCACAAUGUGAACAAGAACAUUCUGGAAAGUGCAAAGCGCCUCGGGUACGAGGUGAUUGACACGUUCAGCAUCACCAUGGGCCGCUAUAAGGAGUUUCUUCAGGGUCGCUGUGCCUGCCAUUUCCACGAGGUUGGAAAGCUGUCACUUCCCACAGUGCCUGCCUACAAAAAGCUCCAGCUAGUGAGCCGUGCUGGAGAGAGUGUGAGUGUGACGAGCACGAGGCCAGAGCCGACGUCUCGACCCAAUUCAUCCUAUCACGUGAAGGGAGCAGUGAACCAAGUGUACUCUGAGAUCCUGCUCAGCCGAGUGUGCAUGCCUUAUAUCCACAACGGGACCAGUAGCCAGCACUGACACAGACUUACUGAGCUGUUAGCUGGUGCGAAUAAAGUGUGUGUGUUGGGAGUGUGUUGUCCGUCCAGUCAUAGGAUGUAUAUAAUUGUAUGAAAUGAAGCCAUUAUCUUGUUUGUGUGUGUGUUUUGAGUCUUCCAAAAUGACUUCAGCAGCUGCACCUUAGUUCCAGUGUGUGGUCGAUGCCGGCUGUGAAACCUUUCCACAAUGUCCACGUAACGUUCCCAGGAUGUUUCUGGAAAGGUUCCAUGGCUUUCCGGGAGUGCCUUUGAUGUCACAUGGCUUCGGCUUGUCACUUUUAUGGAAGCUCGGGUGGCUCUGUGAAGUCUUGCGUUUAACCCCAAGCUCAAUCCCUCACAAGUGCUAAGCUGCGUUUAUACCAAAGGUCUUAUGAAGAUUACGUUUACCUCACAUUUUCUAAAGCCCAUAUAUUUUUCUACAGAUGUUUUUUUUUUUAUUUCCAAGCCUUUAAUGGCCUAUGUAAUAUUAUCAGUGUAAAAUAUAUAUAUAAACUAUGAAAAAGCUGUAUUGUUUCAGGUAGCUGAUGAAUUUCUACUUUGCCCUGGAAUGCUGGCAUGCCUACCUGAAUUUCCUCACAUUUAUAUUCACACAUUAUGAGGAACAUUGACUUUACUGGUCUCAGAGCGAUUGCAAGGAGAUUAUAGUGAUUUAAACAUGGCAUAAAUUAUUCCUAUCCCAUCUUGUAGCUAUUCUAGGUCAUGAAGGUUGUUUCUAAACGCGGUGAAAUUGUUUAAUAGCCUGAUGCUGUGAUGUGAGAUGGCUGCUGUUUGGUCGAUGCCACCCAGCCAGAGGUCUUCGAGAUCAACACUGUAGGUGUCAAUUUGACCAUUUUUCUUCUUUUUUUUAAAUUACAUUUUAUACUACCAUUUAAAAAAAUCAAGUUAAAUAAAUGCACAAUUCAAAUAUUCUCAAAUUAGGAGCAAGUCCAAAAUUAUUCUACAUAAAAAUAAAUUAUAAUGUGAUGUCAUUUUGGCCUGGAUUAUGAAUGAGGAUUGCUUUUGUCAUGGUGGCACCAGUAAUUGGAAAUCUGAACAGUAUACAGUAUAUUUUUGGAAGAACAUGUCUACAUUUAGGAGAAAACUGAAAGGUAUUUGACUUUUCUGAAGUGCUGAAGAAUUAAAGGAAUCAGAGAUUUCUUUUUUUGUUUGUUUUUGUUUUUUAAUUGGUUCCCAUCUGGAAAGUUCUGCAGUUUGUAAUUUGUGUUAUUGUAUUGUAUUUAAUAUGUAUUAAUAUUGUUUAAUAAUUAAACCAAACCGAGUUUGAAACCUAAACUAGGCACUGAGAGAGAGAGAGAGAGAGAGAGAGAGAGAGAGAGUGUAUUUCUGGUGUGUAGUCUCUGUUCACAUAUGUCUGGAUGUUUCUCUGUGUUUUUGUAAUAAAAUUGCUGUUCAUCCAAGUUGA